AUUUAUAUACCAAUGUUGGCCUUCCAUAACCAUAUAACUCACUACCACCCUUCUCAAAAUUUCUGACUUUCUUCUUCUUCUGAACUUUCUCAGUCUGUAAUCUGAAAAAAUUUUCCGGCAAUGUCGAGUCAUGACAAGAAAAAGAUCAUUCUCAGCAGUGUGGCAGUCAAGCUAGGCUGCGGCGGCGGGAGUUGCAGACGGCCGAAACUCUCCGCCGUCUUCCAACCCAAACCACGGCGACACCAUAAAACAACAACCACCUUCCGCCGCUCCUACUCCGGCGUCGCCGCCGCAAAUGGUUCUAACUACUCCUCCAGCUCGUGGGACACCACCACCACCACCUUCUCCCCGGCCUACGCCUCCUCCGACACCGACUCCGAAAUCAAGAGCCUGCGGGCGGUGCAGGGCUUCGGCAGGAUCGGCGGCGAGAGCGUCGCCGUCGAGAAAGACUCCGACGACCCUUACCUCGAUUUCCGGCACUCCAUGCUCCAGAUGAUCCUGGAGAAGAACAUCUACUCCAAAGACGACCUCAAGGAGCUCCUCAACUGCUUCCUCCAGCUCAAUUCGCCGUACUACCAUGGCGUCAUCGUCCGCGCCUUCACGGAGAUCUGGAACGGCGUCUUCUCCGUCAAGCCGCCGGUGGCCGCAACCUUCACCACCGGUGGUGCUUCGAUGUCACGUGGCUUUUAGGAAACGCACGUGACUUCCCCCCACGACUAACCUUCCAACUUCCAACUUAUCAAUAAAGUGUAAUCAAGAGUGUCACGUUUAAGUGUAGGUAAGUAAGUAGUGUAGCUUGUAGGGGUAGUAUGGUAAUUUCUGACCACCAUAAAAAUUACUGGUGGGAGUCUACGUGUAGUGUUUGAAGUUAUUAGCUAGUGUAUUGUUAUAAUUAGUGUAUUUUGGUUAAUUAGGGUUAGUUUAAGCUAAAAGGUUCUAUUUUCACAGCCUUUUUUGCUACAUUUUUAGGGUGUACUGUUUUGGUCAUGAUAUCAUCAUGGUGGUUAAAAAUGCUGUGAAAAUUGUAAUCUGUAGCUAUAUAUUACGUCAUCAUGAAUAUAUAUAAUAUAUAUUUCAUCUUA